AGCUGGACCCGAAGACCCCACCUCCCUACACCUGUUCCAUCUCCACCACCCCACCCCCUCAACAGUCAUGGAACUGUGAACACGUACCUCAGCCACAUGACCCGGAUCUCCAGUGGGACGCUGAGGUGGACGAAUACGUCAGUGAGACGUUUCUCCCAGCUUCACUUCAGGAGUUCACCUACAGAGAUGCGGAGACAAUUACUGAUGUGUGUAACAGUACUGAUUUGCCAGAGCUUGAGAUCAUCAGCUUAUUGGAGGAGCAGCUGCCUGUCUACAAGCUGAGGGCUGACACCAUCUUCGGCUACGAUCAAGAUGACUGGGUCCACACACCACUGGUGGAUCCUUGUGCUGCCCUCGACCUGACCACUGAGCAGAUAGAGGAGACCCUCAAAUACUUCUUGUUGUGUGCUGACAGAGUGGGCCAAAUGACGAAGACCUACAGUGACAUUGAUGCUGUAACUCGACUGCUGGAAGAGAAAGAGCGUGACUUGGAGUUGGCGGCGCGCAUCGGUCAGUCCCUCUUAAAGAAAAACAAAACCCUCAGUGAGAGAAAUGAACUGCUGGAAGAGCAAGUGGAGCACAUACGAGAAGAGGUCUCUCAGCUGCGUCAUGACCUGACCAUGAAAGAUGAGCUGCUACAGAUUUACACCAGUGCUGCUGAGGAGAGUGAGGGAGAGUCCACGGCCUCCACACCUGUGCGUCUUAGUGAAACCACCGUGUCAACGCCAACCUUUUUCCCACUGGACUCCCUACAGAAGAAACUCAAAGACUUGGAGGAGGAAAACAAAUCACUGCGAUCUGAGGCCAGUCACUUGGAGACAGAAACUAUUUCCUAUGAGGAGAAAGAACAACAACUUGUCAACGACUGUGUCAAAGAACUACGUGAUGCCAACUUGCAGAUUUCCUCUCUGGCUGAAGAACUGGCCCGGAAGACUGAAGAUGCCACCAGACAGCAGGAGGAGAUCACACACCUCCUCUCCCAGAUAGUUGAUCUCCAGAAGAAGGCAAAGCUGUAUGCCGUAGAGAAUGAGGAGCUAACUCAGCACUUGGGAGCAGCCAAAGAUGCCCAGCGACAACUUACUGCUGAGCUACAGGAACUACAAGACAAGUAUGCUGAGUGUAUGGAGAUGCUUCAUGAAGCUCAGGAGGAACUGAAGAACCUGAGAAACAAAACACUACCGCUCAGCACACCCCGACGCUUCCACUCUUUAGGCUUGUUCCCAAUGGACUCUCUGGCAGCAGAGAUAGAGGGCACUAUGAGGAAAGAGCUCCAGAUGGAUGAUCCAGAUGUAGAAGAGCAGAGGCUGCAUCCAAAGCGAGUGUUCCAGACGGUAAAAAAUGUCAACCUGAUGCGUCAAAAUCGUUCGUCGUUAGCUCCCUCCCCUCUUAAUAUCCCCGGAUCCAAUCAGACGUCAUGCUUGACCUCAGCGCGAUCCAGCAGGGUUGGCACACCUCGUCCCAGUUCCAUAAAUGGAAGUGAGACAGGGUGUGGGAACUUCCUGGAUAACAAGAGUAGCUGUACUUCACGAAGUCCAGAUGAUGGCUCGGAGGACUCUAACCGGCGGCCCCCUGGUACUCCAGGGACCCCAGGUAGCAGAGACCUGGAGGCAGCUCUGCGUCGUCUUUCCCUCCGCCGUGACAACUACCUCUCAGAGAAGCGCUUUUUAGACGAGGAGAGGGAGAGAAAGCUGGCCUACCUUGCCAAAGAGGAGGAAAAAGAAGGCGGGGAGGGCAGCGGAGGACCAGGGACCCCCACUGAGAGCCUGUUGUCACUGUGCACACACCCGUCCUUGGGAAGCAUCUGGUCAGGAUACUCGUACGCAGCAAGGUCCUACCUGCCGGAGAAGCUGCAGAUUGUAAAGCCCCUCGAAGGCUCUGCUACUCUACACGCAUGGCAGCAGCUGGCUCAGCCGCACAUGGGGGCUCUGCUGGAUCAUCGGCCCGGUGUGCUCACCAAGGGCUUCCGCACUUUACCACAUGACCAGCGAGAGGAGGAAACCUGGCAUCUUGACCAGCCAGAGGAGGAUGAAGUGUUGUGCGACUCCUUCCACGGCUUGUUGGAGGACAGCGCUGCUCCCUUCGAUGUGACGAGCUCUACCUCUUCCCCGUCCGUCUGCCGCAUGAGAAACGGCGACGCUGAUGAAAGUGACCUAUCAGAAACAAUGCACAGAGAGGCGUGUGUGGUUAAAACAGGUAUUCAAAGGAAAGACGGACUUGUCGGUGACACGCCGCUUUCCUUGUCCAGCCCUGCCAUGUGCUCCUCUCCUAUUCCCUCGUCUUCUGAGAAGACAAACGGACACAUGGGCCACAAGGAGCUCCAGCCUACCACAGUGGAGCAUAUGCCUGUUCAUUUCCCGGGGAAGUGUUUGUCCCACACAAGCUCCACAUACACCUUCACCACCUGCAGGAUUCUUCACCCCUCUGAUCAGCUGACCACAGUUUCACCAAGCACUCACAUCAGCACCUCAACUCCUGCUCCUUCACCUGUUCCCUUCUCUGCACCCUCCACUCCUUCCUACACCCCAUGCUGCACCCCACGCCCCCCUUCUCCUUCUCUUUUCCUUGCUGAAUCAUCCACCAACCUGAGAGACUCCACCAAGACCACUAGCACCUCUUUUGGCCUGGUGCGCCUCCUGCUGGAGCGCGGGAUCUCUGCUUCAGUCUAUAACCCCCAAAGCUGGGACAGAGGACUGUUGUCCAGUUCCAGUGGAGCUUCCACGCCCACUGGCAGAGCACAGGCUGAAACUUGUACCAACACACCUGAGACGGAUGCUGCCCAACAGUCAGUGAAGCGACCAGACACCCUUCUCCUCCAACCUUUCACUCCCCCAAACUCCCCUGGCUCCAGAUCUGACUCCUCCACCACACCCAGACCAGUUUUUCAGUUCAGCCCCUCCACUGAAGAUUCUCCGUUCUACGAAACCUUCCUCGCCUCCAAACCGGCUCGCGUCAUUUUAAAGGAAGUGCUGGUGGAAAUGGAGAAGGAUGGGGGUCUGUCCGACGACGACGACAGCCAAACAGAGAUGUCUAAUCUGGGUCUGGUGGACAAGCUGAAAAGUUUCCGGACCCUUUCCCCUCAUUCUGCCUCAGUGUCAUCUGGGAAUACUCUUUUAGCCUCUUUUAGCUCCGCUGGGUUAGGAAGCAGCGCUCUGGGCGGGGGACUCCCAGGACUUAAUGCUGGACUGAGGAGGAAUCGAAGCUAUCCUGCCAUGGUGGGGGCAAGUAUGGCAAUGAAAGACCCAGGCGGUGCCCCCUGCACAGAUGUACUCAUUCCACAUACAAUGCAAAAUACAAGCACGCAUCACACGGCGAAUACACACGAUAUGGACACAAAACCACCAGAACACACACUGGCCACGAAGCCCAAACACCGACCACAAACACUUCAGGAAAUGGAAAGGGCGACGUCACGGACAGUUGUACAGAGACACACCACAGCAACGAGGAACACUGACCGACACAGUGAUGAAAACGUUUUGAGACGAAACACCAAACCAAACGUUCUGCAGUGAAAUACCCAAUGACAAGUGAGUCACAAGGGCACGUAUACUCACUGAACCAAAUAACUUUACGAACACCGUUCAAAUUCAAAAUCCUCAUUAAAGCAGUAGUGACUGAAACUGACACUGUGUCAUAAUCCCACUGUCUGGAGACUGAUGAUGCAGUAUGUUGCCUUCUUGUGUCACAUGUACCAGGGAUGUUUUUUGUUUUUUUAAAAUCCCAAGUAUUUGUCAGAAUUAGCUGGCGAAUUAUUUGCAGUGCUGUGAGAUGUUACAGUUGUUCGGCUGUUGUUACAGUGCCCCCAUGUGGUUAGAGAAAGACUUACUGAAACCUGAUAUUCCGAGAUCCUGUUUAGGGAUGUGCAGCACUAACGAUUACCUUUUUGUAAUCAAACAAAUAGUUUAAUAUUUAGAGUCCAAGCCCGUCCCCAUAACUUCUAUGUACAUAUAUAUUUUGUGUGCAAUAUACUGUCAUUUCUACAAAAAAUAUUAAAUGGCCCCCACUGGUAAACGGACUGCAGAGCUGUGCCCACAAUAAUUUUAUUUCUUUUUUAGCUGAAAAUUAAUUGAGGAAAAAUGGAAACAUCAAUUAAAUGAAGUACUGACUAAAUAUUUUUUUCUUUUAAAUGAAGAAGUAGGAAUAAUUACGUAGCCUUAAACAACUGCAGGCUUGCACAUCUCUGCUGUCACGUUCUUUUCCCAUCAAUGACCACAGAACAUAUUGAACCUGUGAGAGCACAUUUUUUUUAUGCUUUUGCUUUAAUUUUUUUUUUCUAUCUUAAUUUUUUUUAAAUGUUGAUUUUAUCUGGAAUGAAUCAAGGCCAGUAACUUCAAAAGCAAAAUCAACCAAAGCAAAAACUAAAUGUCUCAAAUAUAUUUUUCUCCUCUUGCCACUAAGGUACUUUUAUUCCCUUAUGUGUUCAGUUGGAACUGUACUAAGCUGCAGUCGAAUAAAACAAGUCAAAACACUAGAUAGCAUAUUGUUAUUUUCUGCUGGAUAUGUUAUAUAUUUAGUUUAGAGACAAACAUGUUCUUUGGCAUUUUCCUCUCACUGUGACUGAAUGUUGGUUUGUGCCGAAGCACUGCUUAUUUUUUCUUUUUAUCUCACAAAAGUAUAAAUCAUGUUGAUUUUAUUGAUAAUGUGGGAAUUAUUGAGUGACUGUAUAAACUUGAUGCCUGAGUAACACACACACAGAGACAUGAUCUUAUCCUUGAACCACAUCAUUCAUGUCGAAGCCACACUGAUGCAGCUCGAACACACAAAUACAGAAACGCAGAAGAAGAAUGAACGGUCGAUUCUUUCAACAGUGACUCUGAAAUGUGUAUAAAACAGCGACGAUAAUAUAAGUGUCAGUGAUGCACAAACACCUUGAUCUGUCCCUUAUAACCAAAGCUGCAGCAAAUGUAAAUAACACAACACACUUGCUAAAGUAAGGAAUAUUUGCUUCUAAACAGAUUCAAGUUAAUUAUUGAUGACGAUAAUCAUGUACAACAACAAACUGUCCAAAUCAAACCAACAUAUAAAGGGACAAGGAAGCAAUCUCUUAAUCUAUUAAAUUAACCACAGUAACUAAAGCUCCCAGAUGCAUUAAAAAAAGGACUGACAUUUUAUUGUUGUUUUUUGUUCUAAAGGGAUAUUUUUCAGUCCAGCUUCUGUGUUCAAUUUUGAGCGUAUUUGUCAGAUAUUUAAAUUAAAAAGAGCUCAAAAAGCCAGUACUUUUAAGGGAGAUUUGCAGGUACCCAUUGUUUGACAAACCAGUAUGAAAGUAAUGCACUUCUGCAUCUUGCACUUUUGUAAAGUGAAGUGAUUUGAGCUGUCUGUUAAUUCCUGGUUCCAGGGAACUGUUAGUUGACAAUGGGACUGAACCACUGUCUUUCUGUCGGUCUGAUGAAUAAAAGGACAAAUCUCUGUCUCAGACGCUGUCA